ACAAACAUGAAAUCAAGACACAGCAAACCUGUUAUACUUAUGCUGUGCAACUUCAGACGCUAUUACAGCACAAAAUGAGAUACCGUAGAACUUAGCGCCUUAUUCCGAAAUUCCCAACCGGAUGCAUCAAUGUAUCAACUCCUUUAUUGACCUCGCGGGGAGAACCGACGUUCGAGCGUUGAUCCGUGUGCUACAUCCAGUCGUAGAACCGUCAGUGGCCAUAUGCAAUUUCACCUCAUUCAUUCAUUUUCAGGCGCACUCGGGCUCUUUUUGUUUACACGAAAGUGCGGUUUUUAGGAUAAAAGCUGCGUGUUUCCUUCUGCUCGGCCACUUUUUGGACGUGUUUGAGUCUAUGUGCGUCGAGGUUGAGUGGUGACAGCACGGUACGAUGAUCGAGAGACCAGAGUCUGCGGUCCCCAGCAUCGCUCGGAGCCUAGAGGGCUAUGUGGGCUUCGCCAAUCUCCCCAACCAGGUCUAUCGGAAGUCGGUCAAAAGAGGUUUCGAGUUUACGUUAAUGGUUGUAGGUGAGUCUGGUCUUGGGAAAUCAACACUGAUCAAUUCUCUGUUCCUGACUGACCUGUACUCCAAGGACUACCCUGGGCCCUCCCAGCGCAUCAAGAAGACUGUGCAGGUGGAGCAGUCUAAAGUCCUGAUCAAGGAAGGCGGGGUCCAGCUGACACUCACCAUUGUCGACACCCCAGGGUUUGGAGAUGCAGUGGACAACAGCAACUGUUGGCAGCCAGUUAUAAACUACAUUGACAGUAAGUGUGAGGACUUCUUGAAUGCAGAGUCGAGGGUGAACCGCAGAUCCAUGCCGGACAACAGAGUCCACUGCUGCCUAUACUUCAUUGCACCCUCUGGACAUGGUUUGAAGCCACUGGACAUUGAGUUCAUGAAGCGACUCCAUGAUAAAGUCAAUGUCAUUCCACUUAUUGCAAAAGCUGACACUCUGACCCCUGAGGAGUGCCAGCUUUUUAAAAAACAGAUAAUGAAAGAGAUACAGGAGCACAAAAUAAAAAUUUAUGAGUUCCCAGACACAGAGGACGAUGAGGACAACAAGCUCAUACGAAAGAUCAAGGAGAAGAUGCCCUUGGCAGUAGUCGGCAGCAACGUGGUGGUCGAGGUGAACGGCAAGAAGGUCAGAGGCCGUCAGUACCCAUGGGGUGUGGCCGAAGAGGGCGUUUUUGUGGAGAACGGAGAACACUGCGACUUCACCGUGCUCCGCAACAUGCUGAUCAGGACCCAUAUGCAGGAUCUUAAGGACGUCACCAACAACGUCCACUAUGAGAAUUACCGCAGUAAAAAGCUGGCUGCCGUCACCUGUAACGGAGUGGACACCUCCAAGACCAAGGGACAGCUCACUAAGAGUCCCCUGGCACAGAUGGAGGAGGAGCGCAGAGAGCAUGUAAUAAAAAUGAAGAAGAUGGAGGCAGAGAUGGAGCAAGUCUUUGAAAUGAAGGUUAAAGAGAAGAAGCAGAAACUGAAGGAUUCAGAGGCUGAGCUGGAGCGCCGCCAUGAGCAGAUGAAGCGGAACUUGGAGGCCCAGUACAAAGAGCUGGAGGAGAAAAGACGAGUGUUUGAGGAGGAGAAGACCAACUGGGAGGCUCAGCAGAGAAUCCUGGAGCAGCAGAAACUGGAUGCCUCCAAGACAAUGGAAAAGAACAGAAAGAAAGGAAAAAUCUUCUGAAGAGAGACACAAGCUGCUCCUCGAAUUUUCCAUAAGGUCUUAUUUUCUGAAACAUCACAUCUAUUGUGGCCCUCAGAACACACACAAACAAAUACAAUAAAGCUCAACACAUCAUGUAACAUUCCUGUGUUAUAUACAAUACACACCCCACAACACGGACGCCAUUUACGGUACACCCAGAUACAUAUAUUGAAAUGUCCACAGCAGCCCACAUGCUUGUCUCUUUGCAGGGCUUUGCUGUGUUUGUUGGGAAUUUGUCAUUUUCUUGGGGAAUGCAUGUGAUUGUGAAAUUAUACCUUCCCAUGUUUCCUGACAAAGAGGAAAAGCCCGAGUUCCUCUGAGCUUGCAGUGCCGAGUAAACACAUUGCAGGGACAAUGCAUAGUCAUUUGUACACGUUGUAGUUGUAUGUUUUACUAAACCUACUAUCCCCUUCCUCGACAUUCCUCCUCUAAUUGUUAUCAAAAAGACAACACAUUCAAACCCUCAGUCAUAAAGAGCUCUUUUGUGGUGUGUUAGGAGAUGGGACAGCACAUGUGAGUGAGCUAAUGCUAAUCAACAAUAGCAUUUUGAACGUCUUUAUAAUUUCUCAGUACUAUACGGUUUAUCAGCCCCCUCACAUUUUGUUUUUGGAAUUGUAUAUCAUAUAAUUUAAUAAAAAGUUACUGAAAGUAGAAAAGAAAACUUAAGAAAGAGCUUGCUAAUGGUUAGUUAGCAAACUUGUUAGCUCAGCCACUGGUACAAAUACUGCUGGUAAAUAAAACGGUACUUUUGCCAGUAGAACGUAGUCCUUUUAUUCCAUAAGCAAAUAUGUCCUCUGAAUAAAACAGCAGCUUUCUCCCCUUAGUAAAUAUGUCUUUUGAAUAAAACAGUAAGUUAACUAACAGACCUUAUCCAGUUAGUAGGGUAAAUAUGGUAUAAGACAACAAGGUCACUAAUGGAGUUUAUGCUCCCAUUAGCAAACCUGUCAAUUCAAAGAUGUAUCUGUGCAAACUAUUCCUUUUUUGUGGAGUAAUAUUAGUUUAUAUUUUGACAGAGGAAAUUAAGAGUUAACAGCUUCUGUAGCUUCCUGUAUUUUGGACACUGUUCUCUCAGAAGUCGCCUCUGACAAGAUGUCUUGCUAUCAUUUGUCGUGUCGGUGCAAACUUACACGCUAAAGUUGCAAAAGCAAACUUGAUUCAAAACAUUUGCUAAAUCAAUGUUUUGUGCCUGGGCCUUUAUGUAGGAUUUACAGUGCAGUGAUAGGUGUGUGUAUGAGCAGGUGUACUUUGAUUAAAUGCUGUAUUUGAGGUCAUAUAUACUUACCUGUCGGUCCUGUACAGACAGAAGGUGGUAUAGGAAUUAUCACACAGAGUCCAGGGCAGAGUGUGUUUCCUAUUUGAAUAAAGAUAUUAUGCAAAAGCCUCAUUGGUGUUUACAACAUCACAGGUUACAAAGUUGUUUUGUAUUGUGAUGUCAGUGAUGGUAUUGUCCUAGACCUGAACCCCGUCUCCAGAUGUUUGGGUUAAACAACCAAAAUGACAAUUCACCGUUGCAGGUGAAAUAUAGUUUUCUUUCUCCUGGACUUCCCAGAAAUAAAACCGUUCUAAGAAGCUAAGCCAGUUCAGCCACAGCUUUGUUUCAGACGUCACUGCCACACACAGCAAAACAUUACCCCUUUGCUUUCCUGUCACAUCGGAUGUGCAAGGUCCAGGUCUGAGUCGGUUCGGAAUCAGAAAGCACGUCACUGUGCAACACAUUUGAACAUUUAAUAAUGCUUUCCUGCUUUUAUUUUUAUAUGAUGAUGAUGGUGAUGUUAAUAAUAGUAUGGUUGAAGAAUGACCCUUAAAUCUCUUCUAGUUUUCUUAAAUAACUCGUAGACUAGUCUUUUAUUUUAGUAUUUUUUUCCAGACUGUCUGCAGUCUUCAGAAGGCAUUUGACCUUUAGCUUGUAACAUAACACCUAUAUGGGUUUGUUCAGGAUGAAAUGCACACACGUGCACAUAAUGGAGGCUGCUCAGUGGCAGUUUUUCUUUAUUUCUUUUUUUUUUUUUUUUUUUUUUUUUUUUUUAAA